AUGAAUGUCUCGGAGCAAUUCCGAGCACAUCGAUCGGAAAGGACUACGGUCUAUGCCGUGGUGUGCUGGGCGGCGGUUUUCUGCGUGUACGCGCUGUGUGUGAAAGCAGCCAUUGCCAAGCUCUCUCCUCCCAUGAGCGAGGCAGCAAAGAGCAAAGGCACUUUGCGGGAUCAGCUCUCGAAGGACAUCGCUGCCUGCAUCGUUGCCAUCACGACGCACACUUUCCUGGGCCCGAUGGCUUUGUACCUUUCCAUCAGCUACAAUGCAGCAGGAUAUCCAGCCUCACUCUCGCCCUUCUUGCUCGAGCAACCGCGCCCCGCCGACGUGACACGGGAGCUUUGGUGCUGCCGAGUUGGCGAGAUGUUCACCGGAAACAUUUUGUACCAGCUGAUUUUCUGGCUCCUGCGCUGGGAAACCGGUAUUGAGAUGCUGCUGCACCACAUAGGUUUCUUUGUGGCCGGGUAUUUGAUUCUGGACCUAACCUGCUUCGGCAAGCUGGCCAGUGGAGCAAUGUCGAUGGAGGUCUCGAGCGUUUUUCUCAGUGUGCACCUGAUGACGCGCCAGAUCGACGGGAAAAGAUGUGCCCUGGUCUCUGACUUGGCGGCCGCGGUUUUCGCGCUGACCUUUCUGGGGAUCCGCAUCUUCUGGUACGGCUUCGUGGUGGCAGAGUUCAAUUACACUUGGUUCUUCGAGCCCGAGAAGUUUCCACCGAAUAUCUCGAUGGUCAAGGCCUCCGCAGCCCACCUGAUCUUCACUUUGGGCUGGGUCCUGCAGCUCUAUUGGUCCAAGCUCGUUGUGAGCAAAGUGUGGCGGGCAGCUCGGGCCAUGAUGGGCAAAGAGCGCUUGAUGGUGUUCCGUCCCCGAAAGGGGGCCUUCCGAGCUCUCGUCUUUCUGGCACUUGCGGUGCUCAGUGCAGCAGAUGAGGUGGCCGAGAAUGCCACUCAGCCAGACAGGCGGCCGUCUGACAGAACGGAGCCUCAGCAGGGCCUUCAACCAGAGUCCGCCGCGGGCCUCGACGGGCAAGUCGGGUCCGUACCGAGCGAGACCUGUGGUGAGAACGGUGUCGCCAGGAGUCAAAUCUCUGCGAUUCGACACACAGCGGCUGUGAUUGCUGGAUUUGCAGAUGGUGCAAUGGCCCAACUCCCAGGCGCAUCGGCAGUGGUGCCGGCCAUCCAGGCGGCUAUGAUCUUUGCCAUCGCGCUCCAAUAUGGAUGCUACCUGGACUUGGGCACGGCCUUGGCAGUGUCCACUUUCCUUGGCAGCGAGUAUGUGAAGAUGUCUUUGGUCAGCCAUGCCAUCGGAUGGAUCCCCGUCGCGGGGAAUCUAAUAAAGACAGCUCUUUCAGUUGUGAUGACCGAGGGCAUCGGUACGGCAGCCGAGAAGAUGCUCAGCUGCCCUGCUAUGCGCGAGGAUCUGCUCGACAAGGCAGCCCGCGAGGAGCCUUCUGAGACGCUUGCAGAGGAGGGUCAAGCCUCGCAAGUCAGGGAGUACUUCCACGUGAUUUCUGAGUUCCUGUCUUCGAGCGAAGUCACCCCCUGGAGCAGUACCACUGCGGCUGCUCGGGAGGUGUGGCAUCGAGUGGAAUCGAUCUUCCGCAAGGAGGAUCAGGUGAAAUUGCUGGCGAAGGUGCACGAGGCGCGGAAUCCGGAGGACCUCGUGGCCUUGGCCCACAAGUAUAGCUGGAACCUCCAGGUGCUGGAGGCCUCGCUGCUGGCUUUGCGAGAUCGCUUUCCACAUGAACUCGCCUGCACUGAUGUGGAUUCGUUGGCUCGGCGGUUCUGGUCCUCGCAGGCAGACGGCGAGGUCAAAGCCGUCUCAGCCCCACACCUGCUGCACUGCUGGUCGCGGCUGCCGCUGCCCCGGCGCCGUGCAGCAGCGCUGCUGGCCGCCGAGCUGGUGGCCGAAGCCACGCGCAUGGGAGGCCACGCAGCCGUGCUGCCAAGGGCUUUGGACGUUCUGAAGGAGGGAACGCGGCCCCAAGGAGGCGCAGAGCUCUUGGAGGACUUCGGCUUGCCGACGUUUUUGGAGGCUUUGCUGAAGGCUCUAGUGCGCGGCGAGGCCAGCGCCUGCGUGGUGCUUCGGCGGCUUCUUGGCGGCUUGCCAGCCCAGAAAUCCUCUCAGUGGCUGGCUCUGCGGCAUUUGCAGCAGUUGGACUUGAUGGACAACGUUGCUGGGGCAGAAUCCUGCCUGCCAUCGCUCCAUGCCGACAUCAAGAAGCUCUUGACGGCCGAUGCCCUUCCAGAAGGCACGGAGACCCCUCAGACCAUUGCGCUGGCUGCCACGAGCAAGGUAGACCCUUUUGCCGCAUUGGUGGGACAGCAGUGCGCUGUCAAGAGGCUGAUGCAGUCUCCCGGGUAUGUGCGGCUGCGCAAGAAAGGCAUUCAGCGUCCUGGUGUUCCCUUGGUGUUGCUCAUGACGGGACCUUCAGGAACAGGAAAGACGAUGGCGGCCCGAACGAUGGCUGAAGUCAUCCAUGGCCGGCCGAUUCAGGAGCUGGAGGCAUCGGGUCGCUUCAGGCUCUUCCCAAUGAAUCAGUUCCGAAUGCUCGAAGACCAGAAAACCUUCUUUGGGCCGCCCCGUGGCAUCCAGGGCUCUGGUGACCUCCCGGACCUUGUCAGACAACACCCGGAUGCAGUGAUAGUAUUAGAUGAGAUCGAGAAGGCCCAUUCGGACUUCGCAAGGGCGUUGCUGACUGUCUUCGGCGAAUAUGGAACCGUCUACGACCCCCGAACUGGACGGGACUAUCCAGCGGCCAAUGCUACCUUUAUCCUCACGAGCAACCUCGCGAAAGAGCUGAUUCUCAAGCACCCGGUCUCGGUUGCGAAGGGCCAGGGCCGUGCCGUGGAAACCUGGCAGAAGCUCCCUUCGGGUGCGGACAGCGACCCAGACUGUGCUGGCUACGCAAAGCUUCGCGAUGCCGUGGAUGCGGAGCUGAGCCAUCCCCCGGCCAUCGACAGAGAGCACAGCUUCUUCCGCGAGAGCGAGAUCCGGGGCCGCCUGACGGACGUACUGCCCUUCCUUCCCUUCAGCCCUCACGAGGUGGAGCAGGCCGUCCGCGGCUUCCUGGCCUCCGAGUCCAAGGCCUUCUCACAGCACCCCGGCUUCGCGAACGUGGAGCUGGCCUGGAGUCCAGAGGUGGUUCGCUACUUCGCGAACCUCUACAUCAAAAAGCCCGAUGAGGGGCUCCGCGCCGUGAACAAAGAGCUGCAGGCUCAGGUGCGGGAUUUGCUGGAGCGCUCCAUCGAGGCCGGCCUGGUGGCGCGGGGCGCCAUCGCCGCCCUUCGUUUGGAUGAAGGCAGCAAGGAGCCGCGCCUCGACUUGCGCGCCGUCCUCCGCGAGGCGGAGCCAGCAGAAACAGCAGCAGCUGGCCUCCAAGCGAUCCCAGCAGCUGCAGCGCCAGAAGAGGAG